ACCGCUGCGAGUCAGGACCGUUUUUCAUGAAACCUCCUCUGGCUUUUUGUUUAUGGGUGCAUCGACACAGCCCUUCGAAAGAGAGCUGUAGGACCGCUGGCCCUCUAUCUCUCAUUUCCUCUCUUGCCAGAAACCAACAUAAAGAAGAUGUCUGACGCCCUUUGUAUUGUGGGUUCGUAUUUUGGAUCCACAGAAGGACAGCAAGAUUGUGGUUCUUGUUACCUGAUAAAUAUGGGCUCUGUAAUUGGCAUUAUCGCCUCUGACAUCCUCUUGACCAUCUUCAUCAUGAUUUCUGUGUUCUGCUUUGCAACUCAUCUCAAGAAAAGGAGGAAGUGGGAUUCUCGUGAUGGAAAAAGAAAUCCACCAACAUCAUCAGUUUCAAAGAAAAUGGCAACAGAACUCACAGAAUCUCCCUACCAGGAGUUACAUGGAAUCCAAUCAGAUGUGUACAGCGAUCUUCAGCAGUUUAGGAAAUGAAACAAAGGAACUAU